UUAUUAACGCUGGUACAUAAUACGUAUUAAUAAAAUAAAAAAGGCGGGAGAGUCCGUUGUGACGGACAUCCUCACUAUUUACAGUAAUUUUCUUAUUAUCCAGGAGGUAGAGAUCGACGGUGAAUACCCUGGUUAUGUUUGCGUAUCCGGUCGUGUACGACUACAGGCACGAGCUGCUAUAUAUACAAAGGGACGGGACAGAUCUGCACCAUACGCUGGAAAGCCUUCGAGGAGUAAAGAAGUUCAAGGGUUAGUCAAACAUUUCAUUAACAAAAUGUUUUCACCUGGAGGGCAAGAAAGCUACGGGAAAGUGCCAAUGUCCAGUUUGUCAUUUGGCGAUGAUGAUGUUUUAGACGAUUUUGACACCUCCUUGUUGGACGAGGAAUAUACUGUAUCGCCUUUAAACAGUGGAAUCCACUCACCAUCCAUAUACCACUAUGAGCCGGUCACCGGUUCACGUGCAGGAAACACCGGUGUCACCUCUGACAGCGGUGACUGGAGAAGCUACAACGAGUCUUGGACUGUUGGAGACGCAGCUGCUGCUUCGCAGCUCGCCACACCGGCCAUGUGGGACUCUGCCAGCAUUUACUUGUCGCAGGCUACUGCUGCAGAAGGCUGGACUACUAGAAAUCCUGUCGGAGGUUCAAACCAAUCCUUGUUACCCCAGCCGAGUGAUGGACAGACAUCAUCAAUCAUUGGACGGAAGUUGAAGGUGUAUGAGUUGCCGCCCCAGAGUGAUCCUGAGCUGGAGAAGAAGAGACUGCGAGCGAUAAAGGCUUUGAAGAAUCGACUAAAAAAGAGCUUGCAGCAGGAGGAGAAAUACUCGAAACUAGACACCCUCACCCAGGAUGUAUCACGGCUUAGAAGUGAGAAAAGCAGGAAGCAGCAGACCGUUGCAGCCCUGCAGGCCUACCUCAGCCAGAUGGCUAUAUCCCCCAAUCCACAACACACUGGUAAGUGCUAGUAUAUGCUUACCAACUUCCAAACAACUGAUUAUGGAUGGUAUAUUCUCACACUCCCUAACGCUAUUUGGUCUCAUUAUAUUGAUCUUUAUUCACUUGUGAUAUAAUACGCCAAUAACAUUAUAUAAUUCACAGAUCUUAUAUAACUCUCUAACCUUCUUGAGUAGUCUUCAUUAUCUUUCUCUCUCUCUUGGCACAGGUAGUGGCUGGUGAUAAGAGAUCUUCCCGUUGAGGAGUCCUGCUGAAGAUCAGCACUCGCAAAUGCUGAACCACGCCAUCAAUUGUUCGCCUUUGUUUACACUUCUGCCUUGUCAUUGGUGGGUCACAUGAGCCUGGGCAGUUACAGGUCGAAGUGGAGGACCUGUACGGUUUUCUUUGACUCAAGUAACGUGAAAGAAGACCGGGAGGCCGAGGUCAUUUGUAUGACGGUGAACUGUUGGCACAUUUUGAGCUGCUUGGAUCAUCGUCCUGAUGUGUGCUGUAGAAGCCCCAGGUCCAUUGCUGGAAAGUAAUAAAAGCUUGGGAUCCAUGUUGGAGAAUAACAGCAACCUGAGAUCCAGUUCGGAGAAUGAUAGGAGAAUAAUAGAUAUCUCGGGACCCGUAGUGGUGAAUAUUAAUGUUGAGUGUUGUAGUGUGUGUACUAAUAUUCAUAAGAGUAGCCACACUCAUUCCUCACAUGCACUUGAUGGUCUGUAUACAAUUUUACUAUAUAAAAAGAUUAACACAAGUUCUAACUUCUUCAUAACCUUGAUGACUUGCAGAUGACAGCUCCUGAACCUUAAAUGUGCGAGAAACAUAAGACAGUAUAUGUAGUAGGGAACCCACACAGUCUGAGAAAAGAAUAAAAGGACUUAACGGAGAAAUUUCAAGAUUUCUUCCUGGAGGUAUUUGAGUAUUUUCUUCCUCUACCAGGCCAAUAUUAUUCCAAUGGAUAUAAUAACAAUGAUAGCAAAGGUGAUGGUAUAGCGCCUACAUUUGGAAAGUUGAUGUAAACUAUGUGCCGAGGAUGCAUUCAGCACUUCCUCUCGGGAUCGCCACACAGUGUCUCUAGAAAACAAAUUGGUUGUUGCUCUGGGGUCCUUUAUUUUAGCUGACAAAAUUAUUACCUAUCACACCUACGAAUUUGAGUGCUCCUUUGUCCCAUGAUAUAAAAAGCUCCUAUCUAAAGGUAACGAAGUAGUAGCGAGGUCCUGUAUGAGAGGAUACGCAAACCGGAUGAUUGAUGAUGGAGCUACCAACACUGUUACCUUCAUUGUAUCAAUAAUAAAAAUAAUUUUUAACAACAAGUAAAUAUUCAGUGUACUAUUUUGAAAACAUGCAGAGAGCUAAGAAAUACCCUGAGGGAAAUUUAUAUGAAAUUACGGUCACGUUGACCUGACCUUGUUGCAUCAGUCUUAAGACAUGUACACGUCACUACACUCUUGAUGAUGUCAGAUCUUUACUACCUUUGGCAUGUUAACUUCUUAAAGGAAUGCCGUGAUGUUCAAGGGCUCUUGAUCCAAGAAACUGAAACUACCCUCCCUUUCCAUGGAUUAAAUUUAAUAUCAUCCCAUUCCCCAGGAGCUGACUCAUGUGGGUUUAGCGCUUGAUAUUUCUUUCGACCACAUAUAACAGAAUCCAACUCACUGCAGUAGGUAUGAGGGACUGAUUACCUCAGUUUUACCACAGUUAUUAUUCCUGCCUUUGAUAUGUUUAAAUAAUGUAGUAAAUCUGAGCAUAGCUCACUCAUCCAGAUUAGUCAUCAGAUUUAUAACUAUCUCAAAACACAAUUAUUGCAAUAUAUUUUGGUGGUAUUAUUAUUACACUUAGGUUAUUAUUGUACAAGGUGUUGUUAUACUUCGGCUACUUUCAUUUAUCUAAUAUAAUAUUCUAAUUAUCUAUUUUAGCUUGAUAAGACAAAUGACUUUUUUGAGUGCAACUAUUUAUUGGUAGUUUUUUAUAUAUAAAAAGGAAUAUCGCUAGAGGGAUAGUGGUGAGGUGACGAUACUGGUAUUCUUAAUGAGAAACAAGGCAACUGGUAAAGACCCGGGCUGGGACAACACUGGCCAAUCUACAAGAAGAAACGUAUACCCAAGAAUCACUGUUUACUACACGCCCACUUAAACGGAUGUUACAGCCAUGAUGGUGUAACAGCCAUGAUGGUGUAACAGCCAUGAUGCUGUAACAGCCAUGAUGCUUGUUCACGAAGAGUGUCUGCUACGAGCGCUGUCUCUGUAACAUGUAUCAUGUUACACAUUAAACACUGUCUGCUACAAGUGCUAACUCACUCAAAUGCCUCUACAGGAAAUAUAAAAAAUAACAUUGUUAAAAUCACAGAUUUUGUUUGUGUAAAUUUAUAGUGGACAGACUUUUAUAUUGGUUUUAAAUUGUUACCUCACACCCA